AAAAAGCAGGUGCUGCCAUUAAUGCAAUUUGGUUCUUCUUCUUCUUCCUUCUCAAAAACUUUUUUUUCUUCUCUCGACUAGCAGAUCUGUCCGUCUGGUGGGUCCAUUCAGACAGCUAUUACUUGAGCUGCUUUCGUCCCCACACACUUUCAAGCUCAUUCAUGGCUUCUCUACUCUCCUCUCUUUUCUCUCUCUUAUUCCCUCUUUCUAUCUCCCCAUCUUCUCAAUUCCUUCACUCACUCAACCACUACCACUCCUCCAAUCCCAAUUUUGAUGCUUCUUAAUCCCUUUUCCCUCUCUUUCCCUCUUAUUCUCUUCAUUCCCACUUCCAAUUCUCUCUCCACCUGCUUCUUUGCAACUCACUGAAACUGGAAACUGCACUUAUAAACAUUUUAAAAUGGAAGAGAGGUUGUUUUUUAAGCUGGGUUUCCAUGCCUUUCUUCUCCAGGUGUUACUGCUUCUUCUAUAUUUCCAUGAAGCUAGCUGCAUCCCAUCAACUUAUCCAACACGGCACCUGUCAAACGAGAAACCAAUGGAUGAUAUGUAUCCUGUGAUUGCUCCAAGUGGGAAUCCAAAGCCAUUCAUUCCUCUCCUUGCCCCUUCUCCAUUGGUACCCUUCACAAAUACCACCGUUCCAAAGUUAUCAGGACAAUGUCUGUUGAACUUUUCUGCAACUGAAACUUUGAUGAGUAUGACUGCUAUAGAUUGUUGGGCCCCUUUUGCAAAACAAAUGGCCAAUGUUAUUUGUUGUCCACAGUUGGAAGCUACUCUUGCUAUCCUUAUUGGUCAGUCCAGUAUAGAUACUAAUGUUCUUGCUUUAAAUGGGACGCUUGCCAAAUAUUGCCUCUCAGAUAUUGAGCAGAUUUUGGUGGGGCAGGGUGCAAGUGAACGACUUAGACACAUAUGCACAGUUCAUCCAGCCAAUCUCACUGAAGGAUCUUGUCCGGCUAAAGAUAUUAGUGAAUUUGAGACCACCAUCGAUACCUCUAAGUUGCUUGCUGCAUGUAAUAAAAUUGAUCCUGUGAAAGAAUGCUGCAAUGCAAUCUGUCAGAAUGCCAUUUCAGAAGCUGCUACAAAGAUAGCAAUGAUAUCUACAGAUUUCUUGGGUAUGCCUGGAUCUCAAGUCUUGCCUGAACAGUCAGCUAGAGUUCGUGAUUGUAAAACUAUUGUCCUCCGAUGGCUAGCAAGCAAACUUCACCCUGCUAAUGCCAAGGAGGUUCUUAGAGUACUGUCCAAUUGCAAUGUCAAUAAAGUUUGUCCACUGGAAUUCCCUGACAUGAAAUAUGUUGCCAAUGCUUGUGGGAAUGCGAUCUCUAACAAGACAGCUUGCUGCCUGGCCAUGGAAAGCUAUGUAACGCAUCUGCAAAAGCAGAGCCUGGUUACCAACCUGCAAGCUUUGGAUUGUGCUACAGCAUUGGAAAUGAAAUUACGAAAGUCAAAUAUUACCAAGGACGUGUAUGGCCUAUGCCAUAUAAGCCUUAAGGAUUUCUCCCUUCAAGUUGGAAAUCAAGAGUUUGGAUGCCUUCUACCAAGCCUGCCUUCAGAUGCCAUAUUUGAUCCAUCUUCAGGUAUCAGCUUUGUUUGUGAUCUGAAUGACCAUAUACCAGCUCCAUGGUCUUCUACAUCCCAAAUGACAGCAUCAUCAUGCAAUAAGACUAUCAAAAUUCCUGCACUUCCUGCAGCAGCAUCUGCUCAAAGUGGCCUUUAUAAUGAUGGUGUUCUACAUGUCUUGCUCAUUGCUUUCUCAGUGACCCUUAUGAUGCUAAUUUAGCUUUUUUAUUGCUCACUUUGGAGAAGACUGUCAGUCAAGUCAUCAAAAACAGAUGCCAUUUUUAAGAAGCUUAUGACAGAGUCUUGUAUCCUCAGAAGUUUGAUCCUUGUGAAUAGUUUUCUAGAUGUUCUAAAUAUGGGAGAAAUUUGAGUUGGGAAAAUGGUUCCAAAUUCCUAUUUGUUCAUUCUUGCUUGUUAAUGUAAUAAAAAAAAGUUUUGUAAAGAUAUAGUAGGAAAGCUGAGCAGAGUGGUGCAGCGUUUGGGAUCUCUUUGUAUAUUUGGAUUGCCAUCAAAAGAAGCAAAGAUGGUUUUGUUUUUCUUUAUGCUAUAUGGUUAAAUUAAUCAUUGUGUUAUGGUGGCUCAAAAA